AUGUAUAAGUUGGAUCUACCGAUAGACAAUACAGAAAAUGCAGCAAUUCAAAGACGACGAAAUCAGGAAAUUCAACGAAAAAGCCAAAUUUUUGACGCGAGAACAAGAAUCGUUGGUGUUGAUACAUCUGCUCUCAAUAAUCAAAUAAUAGAAAAGCAAAACCGAAUCGCUACUGAAAAAGCUAGAAAUGAAGCAUUUGCUGACAUAGCAAUAACAAAUGACAAGCUAGGAUUAAUACAACAAGAAAGAGAAGAUGAGGCUCGGAAACAAUUAAGCAAGGAGCUAAACGAAUAUCGAAAAACCUAUCAACAACCACCCACUAGAAAAGAAUGGGAUCUCAAUGACCCACAGAGACUGUUAAAAGAUAAACCUGUUCGGAUGCCCGGCAAUGAAAACUGUGGAAUUUCUAGUGUUCAAGUGUUACAAGGCGAGGAUGUACAAUAUGAACAUAGAAAAAAAAUACAGGCAGAACAGUUACGAUCAUGGACGCAAAAACAGAUGGAAGAAAAAAAGCUUCAGGAACGCGAAGAAUACGAAGCUAACAAACUAUUUUACAUGAAAGCCUGCGAAGAUGAUAGAAAGGCCUUAGAGCUGGAAGAAGCAGAGAAAGAUUGCAAGCGAAAUAUUAAUCUUGCAGUAAAGGACUAUAAUUUGGCACUGGCAAAUCAUAAAAGAGACCGUGAACAAGCUUUUAAGAAGCAAGAGUUCGAUGAUAAUUUUACAGAGCUUAGCAACCAUUUGCACGGAGAUCUCCUUACAGAAAAUCCUGAAGCGUCAGUAAGCGCCUACGGCCCUCACAGAGUUAUACCUGAUCGUUGGAAAGGAAUGAGUAAGGAGCAAUUAAACUCAAUAUACGAAUUUCAAAAGCAGCAACGUUUGGAUAAAAUGACAUCUAAAGUGCACGAUAAAGAAAGUGACAACGAAUGGGUUGCAAAUAAUAAGAAUGUCGGACGAAUGACAAUGCUAAUUGAAAAUGAACAGGAACAAAAAAGACGAGCCUUAGCCAAACAGUUUAUGGAAGACAACAAAAUUCUUGCGAAUGAGCAAGAUGCAAGAAAAAAACAACUUAAUCAUGAUACGUACAGAAAUGAAGUAACAGAAGAUUUCUUCAAACAAUUCAAUACGGCAACUAGAUAA